AUGGGCCCAGAAUUUAACCAUACUACUACUAAUGGUAACACUACUCAACAACUAAGCGAUCAACGGUACGUAAUUAAAAGGGAUGGGCGUCAUGAAGCAGUACAUCCAGGCAAAAUUUUUUCUCGCGUUGCAAAGCUAUGUUAUGGACUUGAUAUGUGCUAUAUUAAUCCGGAUUUGAUCACAGAAAAGGCGUCCAGAGGCAUUUAUACUGGAGUAACAACUGUUGAAUUGGAUAAUUUGGCGGCUGAAGUGGCUGCUUCAAAUACUACAGUUCACCCAGAUUAUGCUUUGCUUGCUGCCAGAAUUGCUGUUUCAAAUCUGCACAAAGAAACGAAAAAGAAACUCAAUUCAGUAAUUAUUUAUGAUCGUGAUUUUCACUACACUUAUUUUGGCUUUAAAACACUUGAACGAUCUUACCUUUUGCGAAUCAAUGGAAAAGUAGUUGAGAGGCCACAGCAUAUGUUGAUGCGUGUUGCUGUUGGAAUACACAAAACUGACAUUGAGGCUGCAAUAAAUACUUACAAUCUCAUGGGCGAGCGUUGGUUUACUCACGCCUCUCCAACUUUAUUCAACGCGGGUACAAAACGUCCACAACUUUCUUCUUGUUUUUUGCUUUCAAUGGUUGGUGAUUCAAUUGAAGGAAUUUUUGAAACAAUAAAUCGUUGUGCUUAUAUCUCAAAAUCGGCUGGAGGAAUUGGGCUUUCCAUUCAUUCAAUUCGUGCUUCGGGUUCUUUGAUCUCUGGAACAAAUGGAAAUUCGAAUGGAAUUAUUCCAAUGUUGCAAGUUUUUAAUUCUGUGGCGCGUUAUAUUGAUCAGGGAGGGAAUAAGCGUCCCGGUGCUUAUGCAAUUUACUUGGAGCCUUGGCAUGCAGAUAUUGAGGAUUUCUUAAAGUUGCGUCUCAACACUGGUGCGGAAGAGCACAAAGCAAGGGAUUUGUUUUAUGGACUUUGGAUUCCGGAUCUUUUUAUGAAGCGCGUGAGAGAUGAUGACAUUUGGUCUUUAAUGUGUCCGAAUGAGUGCCCUAACUUGGAUGAGUGUUGGGGAGAGGAAUUUGAACAGCUUUAUCAAAGAUAUGAAGAAGAAAAGCGUUACAAACGUCAAAUAAAGGCACGUGAACUUUGGAGUCGCAUAAUCACCGCUCAAAUAGAAACUGGAAUUCCUUAUAUGGUCUACAAAGAUGCUUGUAAUAGUAAAUCAAACCAAAAAAAUUUGGGAACAAUUAAAUGCUCAAACCUUUGUACUGAAAUUGUGGAAUAUACUUCGCCUGAAGAAGUUUCUGUCUGCAAUUUGGCUUCGAUUGCGUUGCCGCGUUUUGUGGUAGUUGAUGAUGGUGGUUUGGAACAAAAUGGAGUGGGAGAGGGAAGGACAUCAGCACCAAAUACACCACCAAGAAACUGCAGAAAAAGACCAGCAUGCGCUUUGGAAGAAUCUAAUGGAAAUUCUACUUUAGCUAGACAAUCGCCACCAUCAUUACAACAAAAAUUCAAAUUUGAUUUUGAACGUCUUAAAAACGUCACAAAAGUUAUAACAAAAAAUUUGAACAAAAUAAUUGAUAUAAAUUAUUAUCCUGUUCCACAAGCUGAACGUUCAAAUCUUCGACAUCGACCAAUUGGAAUUGGUGUACAGGGUCUGGCCGAUGCUUUUAUUUUGAUGCGUUUUCCUUUUGUUAGCGAUCAAGCCAAAGAGUUAAACAAACAAAUUUUUGAAACAAUCUACUAUGGUGCAUUGGAGGCUUCUUGCGAGUUGGCUGAACAAUUUGGACCAUAUGAGACUUAUAAAGGUUCUCCAGUUGAGAAAGGCAUUUUGCAGUUUGAUAUGUGGAAUGUAACGCCAACUAAUUUAUGGGAUUGGGAUGCUUUGAGAAAAAGAAUUGCAACAUUUGGUGUUCGCAACAGUCUUUUAAUUGCUCCAAUGCCUACAGCUUCAACAGCACAAAUUCUUGGUAACAACGAAUCUAUUGAGCCUUACACAUCGAAUAUUUAUUGUCGACGAGUUCUUUCUGGCGAUUUUCAAGUUGUCAACCCUCAUUUAAUGCGCGAUUUAAUCCAACUCGGUCUGUGGGAUGACCAAAUGAAGAAUCGUUUAAUAUCUGAUGGAGGUUCUGUCCAAAAUAUUGUUGGAUUGCCAGAAGAUAUCAAAGCUUUAUACAAAACUGUUUGGGAAAUUCCACAACGUGAAAUUAUCAAAAUGGCAGUUGAUCGAGCUCCUUUUAUCGACCAAAGUCAAUCUUUAAAUUUACAUAUUGCUGAUCCAACAUAUGCAAAAAUUACCUCAAUGCAUUUCUUUGCUUGGGAAAAUGGUUUGAAGACAGGGAUGUAUUAUUUGCGCACACGGCCAGCUGUAAACGCCAUUCAAUUUACGGUCAAUAAAUUAGCUUUGAAAGAAUCUUCAUCAACUACUACAACAAUAAGUUUGGAGGAAGAAAUGUCGGAUACUUUAGAAGAAGGGGAAACAACAAUGAUUGUAACAACAAAGGGAGUUGUAAAAGAACAAGUUCGACGUCAAGUUUUUGAUGAUAAACUUAAUAAACAAAAAGAACAAGAAGGAGGAAAAGAAGAGGGAGGUUGUGGAGGAGGAGAACCGGAAUGUUUAAUGUGUUCUGGUUAG